AUGAAUAACAAGAGCGGUAUUGAAGGGUUAGAAGAAUCGAUACUUAUGGAAAACACAUUUAGUAGCAUGCUUGAUGAUAUUGAAAGAAUUGACACUGAUCUUAAAGAACAUCUUGGAAAAUACUCUCUCGAGGAAUAUGCCAUUGACCUUCUUAAAGACCCAAGCGGAGGGAAAGAAUUCAAUGCUCUCCAACAUAUUAUCAAUACUACUUUGGAAAAAGUGUCUGACAAGAUCAUUAGGAGGUUUAAAGACAAGUUUAUCCGGUCUACUAAUAGCGAGGGUAGUGAAAGAAAUAGCAGACAAGGAGUCACUGAUUCAAGAAUUUUAAAAUCUAACAACUCGAAAUCAUUGAAUAUUUCAUCCCAAAGUAUUGGGAAUAAAACUAAUUUAAAAUCAAGUCAAAAUUUAAAUGCUACGUUGAAACCUCGAAGAAAGCAGAUCUCCAAGAAUUCUUUUGAGAAUAUGGACAUGCUAAGGGAUAAUUCAGAAUCAUUAAAAUCUAACUCAAAAGAAAGAUCAACAGCUGUAAAGUUUAACCAGGAAAGUCAAGAUAUCUCUAUUAAAAGGAUGUCACGAGAAAGUCUUCAUGAACAGAAGAAGUCUACUGAGGAGAAGAAAUCCUCUGAACAAAAUAAAUCGUCAGAGCAGAAGAAAUCAUCAGAGCAGAAGAAAUUAAAAGAGAAGUUGGGGGUUAAAAAUAAAAAGACCAGGCCAAAGACAGUUAAAAGAACCAGGAAGUUCAAAUCAAAGCAGGCAAAGUCUUAUGCUGUCAGCCCUAUCAACUCUAAAAUAAAAUUGGAACAAUCCACUGAACAGAAGUAUAUAAAGUCUUCUGAGAGGGUUGAAGAGGAAGUCAGAGAAACUGAAUCUGAAAUUGAAUACCAAGUGACGAGUCCUCAGAUUCAGAUUAAUAUUAGUAAAAAGUCUCAAAGGCAGGUUAAAGAUUCUUCAGAGUCCCAAGUUGAAACAAAUAAUAAAGAAGAUGAAACUCCUGAUGAUAAAAAUUUUGAAUCAAGGAAUUUUGAAUUUCAAAACAAAGCUAUCAAAGAAUCGAGGAAAAAUAACCUCCUGGAUAAAUCUAUUGUUGGGGAAAGCUUCAGUAAACAAAUUCAGUUAUUUAAAAAGGGUUCAAAGGACUCUUUUACUACUGUAAAACUUAACUCACAAGAAGAGGGAAUCAAACAUGAAGGUUUUGAAGGAUUGCCCAUACAAGAAGUCUCAUUCCAAGAUGAGAGUCAACUAGAUUAUGAAGAAUAUCAACGAAGGCCAAGCAUCUCUCCUAGCAAUAUUGAAAGGGUCAAAAGAGUCAGGUCUCAUAGGAAAGAACUUGAAAAAGGCAUUGUUGGGAUAAGAAACGACCUUAGAAAGGUGGAAGAAGAUAUCUAUAUGCAUCUCAGAAAGCAUUCUCAAGAAAUAGAUGAGCUAAAAUAGCGACUUUGACGAACUAAAAAUCGAAGUCAAAGACAAUGUCAUUGUUCUUCGAGAAGAGAUGCAUAACACCUUUACUCAGUUUAAGGCACAUGUAAAUAAUGUGCUUAUUGAGUAUAAGGAAUCUAUUUUGAUCAUCCAGUCUCAUGUUGACAAUCAAUUACUGAUAAAUAAAAGAAACCGAACUGACAUGAACAUAAUUUUGAGUACCAUUCUUGACAAAGCAUCCUAUCAUGAUAAAGUAAGCAAGAACUUUCAUUUCGCGAUGGGAGACAUGAAGGAAGUGCUAAAUAAUCUCAUUGAGUCUAUAAAUAUCAACUAUCAUCUGCUAAAACAAGAUGAAAAAGAUCGGGAAUCUAUCUAUCUGAUGGGGCUAAAUCAGAAUGCCCAGCAAAUAGGGUAUAAUAAAAAGAGUGAGAUCACUCCUAUUACUUUGAAUAAGAACUGACUCAGCUGCAGUGGGCAAGUGACAGAAACUCUUAAGGCAUUCAAAGCAGCUUGCUUGUCAUAUUCUCCAUCUAAUGUUCUUUAUAAAGGGAUGAACCUCUCAAGAUUAAACUUAUUAGACUGAGUGAAGUUAUCAGUAGAUACAUUAAAGAAAAAGGUAGGAGACACUAAAUUCUUGGUUUCAGAACUUCCUGACAAAAGCAUUGAUAAUGCAAUGAGAAGUAUUUCAAAGCCAAAAUUCGAGACAGCGGAAGGGAGUGAUAACAAGGAGGCGAUUCCAUGGCCGAAGAUAGAAGGCUCCCUUCCAAUUCAGAGUCCUACAUCAGUGUCUCCAAAAGAUAUAGUUCGUGAAAGAUCUAAGUCUGUUUACAGUCCUAUGAUAGUGGAAUAUAAAAGAAGAAACUCUCAAUUGCCAAAUAAAAAGAUAGAAAUUAAGAAGAGAAGAAGUAUAAAGCUGGAACCAGCAAGUAAAAAGGAGUGGAUCAAGAGGCUAAAAUCUCCUCGGGAUAAAAACCCACAAACAAUAGUGUUGAAGGAUGAGAAUUCUGAAUCAGAAGAGACCCAAAAACAGGAUACCCUGAGAGAGCUCCCCGAUUUGAAGACAGGUAGUAAACGACCAGAUACAAAGGAAAGAUCUUCAAGGAAGUUAGAGUAUAUUGACCAAGCCAGGAAUAAAAAGAUUUAA